AUGGCGGACCAGAUGGCGUUUCUCCUCUUUGGAGACCAGUCCCUCGACACACAUGGUUUCCUAGCCGACUUUUACAGACGAGGAAACCCGAGCAUCCUAUCGAAAGAAUUCCUUCGUCUGGCCGGCGAUGCUUUAAGAGACGAGAUAGAUCGGCUCCCUCGAGGAGAACGACGGUUCAUCCCAAUAUUCCGAACCUUGCAACAACUUAACGAGAGAUACCAUGCCCAAACAAUCAAGUUCCCUGGGAUUGACAGUGCUUUACUAUGUGUAGCACAGUUGGCACAUUACAUCGACCGUUCCGAAAAAGAGUACGAAGAUGUUACGAGCCACAGGAACACAAAACUUUCAGGGCUUUGCACUGGCCUCUUCGCCGCAACGGCCAUUGCCUCGAGUUAUUCACUUUCUACACUCAUCCCAAUUGCCGUUCAGGUCGUCUUGAUGGCAUUCAGGACAGGGUCACACGUAGCUUCGUUAGCAGAAAGACUUAGCCCAUCGACUGAGAAGUCAGAGAGUUGGACGUACGUUCUCCCUGCUGCUAAAGAGGCAGAAGCGAAAUCCAUACUAGCAGAAUUUCAUAAAUCGGAGGGAAUAUCACAUGCUGCACAAGCUUAUGUCAGCGCCGUCUCCGCGAACAACAUCGCGAUAUCUGGUCCGCCAGCAACAUUACAGUCUCUAUUCAGGAAGGAUGUCUUCGAAUCGAGGCCUACAGCUAUUCCAGUGUAUGGUCCUUACCAUGCGUCACAUUUACACGGGUUAGUAGACAUAAGGAAGAUGCUUCGACUUGAUGACGAGGCUGUUACGGAAGCUUUAGCGGGAUCUAAACCUCGAAGCGUUGUUAUGUCCUGUGUCACCGGCGCUCCAUUCCCCGAGACGGACACCAAAUCACUUCUCACAGCUGUGGUUCACGAAAUUCUUAAUGAACCCUUGAUUUUCCAUAAGACUCUGAGCGGAAACGCCAACGAGGCAAGGGGAUUUAAUGGAUCUCGAGUUUUAGUGAUCCCAUAUGGCCCAACGCAGGCUGCGAGUACGUUAGCUGGCGUUUUACGGUCGCAAACAAAAUCAGAAGUUAUACUUAGACCGCCUCCGCAAGUUUCUCGCGAGACAACGGCGACCUCAAUUGGGAACCAUGGAUCUUCGGGUCACUGUAAGCUGGCGAUCGUCGGCAUGGCUGGUCGUUUUCCAGAUUCAGCUAGCCACGAAGCGCUCUGGGAAUUGCUCGAAAAGGGUAUAGAUGCUCAUCGCGUCGUCCCAGCCGAUCGAUUCCCCGUCGAAACUCACGUCGACCCGACCGGGAAGGCGAUAAACACAAGCCACACGCCAUAUGGCAACUGGAUUGAAAACCCAGGUUACUUCGACCCGCGGUUUUUCAACAUGUCGCCUCGUGAGGCUCUUCAGACGGAUCCGAUGCAGCGUAUGGCGUUGACGACUGCUUAUGAAGCUCUCGAGAUGUCAGGGUAUGUACCCAACAGGACACCGUCCACACGAUUAGACCGGAUCGGUACCUUUUACGGUCAGACCUCCGAUGACUGGCGUGAAAUCAACGCCGCCCAAGAGGUCGACACGUAUUACAUUACGGGUGGCGUCCGAGCGUUUGGACCGGGUAGGAUCAACUACCACUUCGGUUUCAGCGGUCCUAGUUUGAACAUAGACACAGCUUGUUCAUCUAGUGCUGCGGCGCUUCAAGUUGCCUGCACAGCCUUAAGGUCGAAGGAGUGCGACACAGCUAUCGUUGGUGGGCUGUCUUGCAUGACGAAUUCAGAUAUUUUCUCAGGUUUAAGCCGUGGGCAGUUCCUUUCAAAAGAGCACAAUUGUAACACUUUCGACAAUGAUGCGGAUGGGUAUUGCCGAGCCGACGCAUGUGCCUCUGUAAUUGUUAAGCGACUCGACGAUGCCGUGGCGGACAAGGACAAUAUCCUCGCAGUCAUUCUCGGUUCUCAGACGAACCAUUCCGCAGAUGCAAUUUCCAUCACUCACCCUCAUGGUCCCACCCAAUCCAUACUGUCUUCAUCUAUUCUGGAUGAGGCCGGUGUAGACCCACUAGAUGUGGACUACGUCGAGAUGCACGGCACAGGUACUCAAGCUGGUGAUGGCACAGAAAUGGUCUCUGUCACUGAUGUCUUUGCUCCUGCCAACCGACACCGACCUGUAGAUAGGCCUCUGUACCUCGGCGCCGUUAAAGCUAAUAUUGGACACGGCGAAGCUGCUUCUGGUGUUACUGCUCUCAUUAAGGUCUUGAUGAUGCUUAAGAAGAAUGCCAUCCCUCCCCACAUCGGCAUCAAGAAAGAGAUCAAUAAGACCUUCCCGGAGGAUCUUGGCGAGCGUGGUGUCAAUAUUGCUUUCCACAAGACACCCUUCACCAGGAGGGAUGGAAAGCCCAGGCGAGUGUUCGUCAACAACUUCAGUGCCGCCGGUGGAAACACUGGUCUCCUACUUGAAGAUGGACCUCGCUACAAGACCGCCACUGUUGAUCCCCGAAGUCAACACGUUGUCACUGUGACUGCUAAGUCGAAGUCUGCCAUGAUAAGGAAUGCUGAGAACCUUGUUAAGUGGAUGGAGGAGAAUCCCUCCACAUCUGUUUCCCACGUCGCGUACACCACCACUGCUAGAAAGAUUCAGCAUUACUGGCGCAUGAAUGUCACCGCCUCCAGUUUAGUCGAGGCCCAAGAAGCUAUCAAGGAGCGCCUUAAGUCCAACUUCGUACCCGUUUCUCCUGAACAACCCAAGGUCGCUUUCCUCUUCACCGGCCAAGGUUCCCACUACGCUGGCCUCGGCCGCGACCUCUAUGCACACUACUCGAUCUUCCGUCAAGCCAUCAACGAAUACAACCAGCUCGCCCUUAUUCAUGGCUUCCCCCCGUUCCUAUCUCUUAUUGAUGGAAGUGAGACUGAGGUGCAAAAAUUGUCUCCUGUUGUCGUCCAACUUGGACUCGCGUCUUUUGAGAUGGCCCUUGCUAAACUUUGGAUUUCGUGGGGUAUUCAACCCAGUGCUGUUCUGGGUCAUAGUCUCGGCGAGUACGCUGCUCUCCACGUAGCAGGCGUCCUAUCUGCGAGUGACACCAUCUACCUUGUUGGUGCACGCGCUCAGCUUCUCGUAAAGAAAUGUACUGCGGGUACUCAUUCAAUGUUAGCAGUGCAAGGUUCCGUUGAGACUGUUACAGAGGCCCUUGGUCGCAACAAUAGAACUGCCAAUAUCGCUUGCAUCAACGGCCCGAGAGAGACGGUCUUGAGUGGUACUUCAACGGAAAUAUCCGAGAUUGCUGAACAACUUGGCAACGCCGGUUUCAAGUGCACUCAGCUUAAGGUGCCUUUCGCCUUCCACUCUCAACAAGUAGAGCCGAUAUUGGAUGAUUUCGAGAAGCUUGCGCGCUCUGUUCACUUCGAACAACCCAAGAUUCCGGUGAUUUCUCCUCUGCAUGGCAAGCUUCUUGACGGCGAACCCAUCAACCCUGCUUACCUCCGCAACCAUGCUCGGGAAGCUGUCGAUUUCCUCGGCGGUCUUGUUUCCGCUCAGCAAGCUGGCGUUAUCGAUGAGAAGACUGUGUGGCUCGAAGUUGGACCUCACCCUGUAUGUGCUAACAUGGUUAAGGCGGCCUUUGGCGCAAGCACAAUUGCUGUCCCAACCUUACGUCGCAACGAGGCUACCUACAAAACCCUCAGCGCGACUCUAUGCACAUUCCACUCCGCUGGAUUGAAUAUCGACUGGAAUGAAUUCCACAGGGACUUUGACGCAUCAGUUCGACUCUUGGACCUACCUUCUUAUUCUUUUGAUUUGAAGAAUUAUUGGUUGCAGUACACGGGUGAUUGGUCAUUGACCAAGAACCGAGGCGCUUUGGCCGCCCCCACCAAGGCAAUUGAACCUAGCAGGCCAACAUUAUCCACUACUUCCGUCCAAAGAGUUACCAAGGAAGAGUUCAAGGGUGACAUCGCCAUUCUUGAAACCGAAUCUGACUUGGCUGAAGAAAAUCUUCGAAAGAUCUGUUUGGGACAUCGUUGCAAUGGCACCACUCUUACUCCGUCAACGCUAUAUGCUGAUAUGGCUGAGACAAUUUGCGAGUAUGCCUACAAGAUUCUGCGCCCUGAGACCGAAGACAUCGGCAUGAACGUCGCCAAUUUAGAGGCUAUGAAAACUCUUAUCUUUGACGCCAAGGCGAAGAGCCAGAUUUUGCGCAUGAACGUUAAGGUUAAUGCUGCCGAGAAGGUUGCCGACAUUUCGUGGACAACUGGUGAAGGGGCCCAGAAAGCCGAACAUGCUGUUUGCCAAGUAUUCUUCGGCGACAAGCAGCAAUGGCUUGACGAGUUCGAGCGCGUCGAUUAUCUUAUCAAAGGACGUAUUGAUGCUCUUAACGCCGCUGAGAAGCGCGGUGAAGCGUCAAAGGUCAGCCGAGGUAUUGCUUACAAGCUUUUCACAGCUUUGGUCGAUUACUCCCCACAAUACCAAGGCAUGGAGUCCGUCAUUCUUGACAGCAAGACUUGUGAAGCAACCGCAAAGGUUGUUUUCCAAACUACACCAGAGGAUGGUGUUUUCCGCACCGCUCCAUACUGGAUAGAUUCUUGCUGCCACAUAUCUGGCUUUAUCGUCAACGGUACCGAUGCUGUCGAUUCUCGUGAGCAGGUUUACAUUUCUCAUGGAUGGGGCAGCAUUAGGUUCGCUGAACGCCUCAGCGCUUCAAAGACCUAUACUUCCUACGUCCGUAUGCAAAACGUCAAGGGUACUAAGAUGAUGGCUGGCGACGCGUAUAUUUUCGACGGUGACAGGCUCAUUGGUGUUGGUGGUGAUAUCCGCUUCCAAGCCAUCCCCCGAAAGGUCCUCAACAUCGUUCUCCCUCCUCAGGGUGCUGCCGCCGCUGGUGCUGCUCGUCCUACUCCUGCUGCUCAGCCUGCUGCUGCUAAGGCGCCUGUCAAGGAGAAGAAGCAGGUUACUACUUCCAACCUCCCCGCCGUCAAUAAGAAGCUCUCCCAAACCUCCGUUGUCUCCCAAGUUAUGGAUAUCGUGUCCAAGGAGACUGGUGUUAGUCACGACGAACUUGCGGAUAACAUUGCUUUCGCCGACCUUGGCGUCGACUCGUUGAUGGGUCUUACUAUCAGCGGUCGCCUUCGUGAAGAACUUGAGCUCAACAUUGAUUCACAUGCAUUCAACGACCAUGCUAGCAUUGGCGCCUUCAAGAAGUUCCUUGCUCAAUUCGAGACCGCCACAACAAACGUCGUGUCAGAGUCGAGCGGCUCAAGCGGCAGCUCUGACAGCGACGAUGAUAUCGAAUCGGACUCUGAAGUCACUACUCCUGGUGAGAGUGACAAGGGUUCGGUCAAGGGCGAUGCAUCGGCUGAUUCUGGAAGCAACAGCGAGCUUCAGCAACUUGUUCGUGAGACUAUUUGCACUGAGAUGGGUGUUGAAGUUGAGGAAGUCAUCGCUGCUCCUGAUUUGGCUGCGCUUGGUAUGGACUCGCUUAUGAGCUUGUCGAUCAUGGGUAUUCUACGUGAGAAGACUGGCCUUAACAUUCCCUCCGACUUGUUGGGCCACAACCCCUCUCUUAAGGAUAUCGAGCGAGCCCUGGGCAUCGAGGACAAGCCCAAACGUGCCGCACCUGCUUCAAAGCCUGUCCAGAAAGCGCCUAAGACUAAGGCUGAUACAAAGUCUUCGACUAAGGUUGAUACCACCGCCGUGGCUAAGGCUGCUUCUGCCGGCGAUGCUUACCCCCACCGAAAGGCAACGUCCGUGCUCCUCCAGGGUAACCACCGCACGGCCACUAAGCAACUCUUCAUGAUCCCCGACGGUAGUGGUAGCGCUACAUCCUACACAGAAAUCUCCGAGCUCGGCUCAGACGUUGCUGUCUGGGGCAUGUUCUCCCCUUUCAUGAAGACUCCCGAAGAGUACAAGUGCGGCGUGUAUGGUAUGGCCACCAAGUUCAUUGAGGAAAUGAAACGUCGCCAGCCACAGGGUCCCUAUGCUGUUUCCGGUUGGUCCGCCGGUGGUGUAAUCGCUUACGAGAUCGUCAACCAACUCACUAAGGCCGGCGAGGAAGUCUCUCACCUCCUUAUUAUCGAUGCACCCUGCCCCAUCACCAUCGAGCCAUUGCCUGCUGGCCUCCACGCCUGGUUUGCCGAGAUUGGACUCCUCGGUGAGGGUGACGGCCCUGAAGCUAAGAAGAUCCCAUCCUGGCUUCUUCCUCAUUUCGCUGCAUCAGUCACUGCCUUGUCCAAUUACACUGCCGAGCCGAUCCCCAAGGAUAAGUGCCCCAAGGUCACAACCAUCUGGUGUGAAGACGGCGUUUGCAAGUUGCCCACAGACCCACGACCUGACCCUUACCCCACCGGCCAUGCCCUCUUCCUCCUUGACAACCGCACGGACUUUGGCCCUAACCGCUGGGACGAAUACCUUGACCCCGAGAAAAUGACUUUCCGUCACUUGCCCGGCAACCACUUCUCCAUGAUGCAUGGCGACCUUGCGAAGCAAUUGGGCGGCUUUUUGAAGGAAGGUAUCCACUCUUAA